GUUUUAGAUAUGAAAGACGUAAAAUAAGUAAGUAAGUCUGCGUUCUUAGAAUGAACAAACACACUACAGUGUAAUCGGGGAUUACUUUGCCUCCACGACGGCGGAGGGUAAUUGCAGAGGGAGGGGUGUGAGGUGUUCAAGAUGGCGGCGCCCUGUGGAGUGCAGUUACUCUAACAGUGGUGCCAGGAGACUGUUUCGGCAGGCGGCCUCGGGACCCCGGCGCCGCUGGACCGGAGGGUGUUGUGACCGCGACUGAGCCGAUCCUCCCCCUCCCCCCUUCCCCUCCCCUCCCCUCGUCCCGCGCCUCACACCCCCGCCCCUCGGCUGUUGUGUCUGGGAGCGGCGCCCGUUGCCCUGACGCCCCACGCUCCGCCACAUCCGCCUCGACCGUCGCCUCCGCCUCCGCCAUGGCCCGGGAGCAGCCCAACGUGGGGGACCUGCUCCCUCUCCUGGAGUCCUCCGACAUCAGGCAGCUGGAGGAGAUCAAGGGGCUCAUCAACGAACACCUCAGCUCAGAGCGAGGGUCGGUGCUACUUAACAGCCUUGUGGACUACUUCCUGGAGACCAACUCCUCCCAGGCCAUGCACAUCCUGUCCUCCGUGCGAGAGCCGCACGAUAAGCACCUUCUGGAUAAGAUGAACGAGUGCAUGGCCAAGCACUCGUGCAGGCUGCCCACACUCAGCCUGCUGGGGCACGUCGUCAGGAAGCAGCCGUCCUGGAUCCACAAGAUCGCCCGCUACCCCCUGCUGCUCUCGCUCCUCAAAUGCCUCAAGACGGAUACCGAUGUGGUGGUGCUCAUAACUGGAGUCUUGGUGCUCAUCACACUCCUCCCCAUGAUCCCCCAGGCAGGAAAACAACACCUGUAUGAGUUCUUCGACAUAUUUGGACGAUUGGCGUCUUGGAACCUCAAGAAUCCAGGCCACGUGUCAGAGGUGUACCUUAUCCAUCUGCAUGCGAGCGUGUACUCUUUAUUCCAUCGGUUGUACGGCAUGUACCCCUGCAACUUCGUCUCCUACCUGCGCUCCCACUACAGCAUGAAGGAGAACGUGGAGACCUUCGAGGAGGUGGUGAAGCCAAUGCUGGAACAUGUUCGCAUACACCCAGAAUUAGUGACUGGAACCAAGGACCAUGAGCUGGACCCAACAAGGUGGAAGCGCUUCGAGGUUCACGACAUCGUUAUCGAGUGUGCCAAAGUGUCCCUGGACCCCAAGGAGGCGUCAUGUGAGGAGGGCUAUGCCACCAUGCCCGAGCACUUCAGUGCCCACCUGCAGCUGCGCCCAACAGACUGCACUGCCAGCCCCUACACUGACUUCCACAGCAGCUACGGCAGUUCCUCCUCCACCCAGUUCUCCACCCCUCGCCAGUCGGGCCCCCCGCCCCUCUCCCUGCCCCCCCUCUCAGGGACUGUCUGCAGGAGCCCACCCAGCAUGCAACGCCAGAACUCCAGCUGUGAAUAUAACUCCACGUACGGCAUGAAGGACCCCCUCUGGAGCCCCUCCUCCCUGUGUGGGAUGGCCACGCCUCCUUCCUCGCGCGGCAUGUCGCCCAACCCAGAGCUAUCCCACAGUGCCUCUCACCUGCCAAGCCGCGUCCAGAACACCUCGGCUGGAGGGAAGGGCACCCCGUCCUCCAGCACCCCAGCAGCUUCCUCCCCUCCCCCGUCCCUCUCCGACGACUUCCCACCCCUCGCCCUGGCCCAGACGGCCAGCCCCCCAUGCAAGGAUGGCAAACCUGGAGAGUCACACAAGCACCACUUGGUCAGACAGGAUCCCAUCAGAGAGCUGGACAAAGGAAGCGCAGAAGUGAACAACCACAGAGAUGGAGCAGGUAAGGGCUCGUCCAUGACCCUGACGGAGCUGUCUGUCUACAUGAAAGAACAGGAGCAGCUACGCACGGAGAAGGAGCGAGAGGAAGCUGCCAUCACUGAGGAGCUGCUGAAGCUGACGGAGGACAAGCGUGAGUCCUCGGCCCUCCGUGGCUUCGACUCGCCCUUCCUCCGCACCACGGAGACGCUGACCAACGCCGUGGACGAGAAGCCCGGUGCCGGCCUGACUUCCUCCUCCUCCUCCUCCUCCCGCGACGGUCCCCUCCACCCUCUCCACCCGCUGCACCUUCACAACGCCACCUCCACCCCCACGCCUUCCCAGGACAAGUCCGGUGGCGGCGGCAGUGGCAGAACCAGCCGUGGCGGAGGCAGCCGCGGCCCCCCCUCCCAGGACGGGUCCCUGCCCUGGGCCUUCCAGCCCGUCUUCACUCCCAUCGAGGCCCUGGAGCCUGGUGGUGGUGUUGGCGGCGGAGGCGGAGGAGGAGUUGGAGGAGUCGACCACGUGGCCCAGCGCAGCCCCUGCACCUCCACCACCACCGAGGAGGACGCCCUCAAGCUCGGCCUGCUCUCGCCCAGCCCCUGCCGGCCGUCGGCCGCGCUGCCCUACGAGGCCCUCUUCGACCUGGCGCUCCCGCGCGCCGCCUCACUCUUCGUCGCGAGGAAGACGCUGGAGGCCACUCGGAGGGCCUCCGUGGAGAGGAGAGGGCAGAAAGGAGGAGGAGGAGGAGGAGGAGGAGGAGGAGGAGGAAGCAGCGGCAGCAUUCUAGGAUUCGGGUUUGGGCUGGGGGAGGAAGAGGAGUCCGAGCUGGGGAAGCUGGUGCUGACCGACGGGGAGGCGGACGGAGAGCUGGGGCUGGGCGAGGGCGAGGGCGAGGGGGAGCUGACCACAGCCACGGCCUCCCCCCUGGAGGUGCUGGAUCGCCUCGUGCAGCAGGGAAACGACGUCCACGACAAGGUGCUAAAGAGAUUACCUUUGCCAAGCAAAUCAGCUGACUGGACACACUUUGGAGGUAAACAGCAUCAUUGCUCGGCGCCUCUGGACGAACUGCACACGCUGCGCAGCCAGCUGCUCCUGCUGCACAACCAGCUGCUGUACGAGCGCUACAAGCGCGAGCAGCACGCCGUCCGCAACCGCCGGCUGCUGCGACGCAUCAUCAACGCCACCGCGCUCGAGGAGCAGAACAACGCCAUGAAGGAGCAGAUGAACCUGCAGGGUGUGGAGAUGCUGUCCCUGCGUGAGAGCCUGACGGUGGAGCAGCAGCGCUACAGGCAGCUGUGGGACGACCGCGAGACCCUCGUCACCAGACUCCACAGCCAGGUCCGCCAGCUGCAGCAGAGCCGCGACGACCACUACACCAAGAACCAGGAGCUGCAGAGCAAACUGCAGGAGUGCCAGAAGCAGAUGGGCGAGAUGGAGGCGGAGCUUCAGAGAGCCAACAACAAGGUGUGCCACACUGGGCACCUGCUCAACCAGCUGACUGCCAAGCUGUUGACGAGCGAGAGCACCCAGCAGCAGAUGAGUUUCCUCAGCAAGCAGCUCCUGCUGCUGGGAGAGGCCCACAAGCUGUGUGUGCAGGAGCUCCAGCACUCGGGCCCCGACACCACUAAGGAGAAGCAGAUGCUGCAGUUGUCCAGCAGUAAGGAGGCGGAGCGUCUGCGGCAGAACCUGCUCUCCCAGGCCCAGAAGCUGGAGGCGGCCCAGCAGCGCGCGGCCGAGCUGGAGACGCAGCUCUCCAAGAAGGAGCACCUUAUCGCCGAGCAGAAGAAGUUCCUGGAGGACGUCAAGCUGCAGGCCAAAGGGGAGCUGCAGGCCUCAGAGAGCCGGUACCAGGCGCAGCGGCACGUGACCCAGGCCCUCCAGGCCGAGCUGCUGCAGCUCUACAGCCGGCUGGAGAUGGAGGCUCCUGUCAACACCACCAACUCUCCAGCGGGGGGCGACACUGAGAUCUACGGCCCCACAGAGGCCAGCGUCUCCAUCCCUGACGGCCUGGCCAAGGCUACCACCAAAGAGGGCCCGGGCGCCCAGCCCUCCCCUCCCCCGCGCAACGGCAACGCCAGCACUUUAUCGCCCGGGCAACCCAAGGCCAAGCCCUCCCCGUCGUCCUCCUUAUCCCCCUCCUCCUCGUCCUCCUCCUCGUCCGCCACCUCCGCCACCUCCUCGGCCACCAACUCCAUCAACGGCAGCCGGGACGGCCCCCAGCCUCCCCCCCAGCUCCUGGAGCCCCCGCUGUUGGGGCUCCCUCCCCGGGGCUCCUUUGCCCACGAUGAGCCCCUCACCGUGGGCUCCUACCCCAGCGCCAAGAGCUUCCUGGGCAUGCGGGCGCGAGAGCUCUUCCGCAACAAAAGCGAGAGCCGCUGCGGAGAAGAGGAGGAAUUGGGGGACCUGGAGGAGGAGAAAGAGGAAGAGGAAGAGGAUGCCGGUGGCAGUGGUGGAGGAGAAGGAGAGGACGGGCUGGGUCGACUAGGAGGAGGAGGAGGAGAAGGAGGAGGAGGAGGUGGGGGCCGAGGCCGGGUGCGCGCCUCCCCGCGUCGCCUCACCAGCCUCUCCCAAGCGCUGAAGAACGAGCUGUGCAUGGAGCCUCCAUCGCCCGGGUCUGACUCGCCUCCACCACCUGCCUGCCCCCACAAGCAGCAGCAGCAGCAGCAGCAGCAGAAACAGAAACCGAAACAACUAGAACCACAACAGCAGCAGCAGCAGCAGCAGCAGCAGCAGCAGCACCCACAGCAGAAGCAGCAGUGCCCAGGUCAGGGCAGUGCCAAGCCCGCCACCCCUCCUCCUGCCUCGCCCCCCGUCGCGAGCACUCCGAGCCCCGGGCCCCGGUCCUCGCCCGCCAAGCAGGCCCUGCAGAGGGCCAACAGUCGGGAGCGGUCAGGGGUCGGGACCGGGGUGGGCUCGCCGGCCGGCACUGGACGGCCCAGGCAAAAGCAGCUGAAGAUCAUGGACUACAACGAGACGCACCAGGAGAGCAGUUAAGAAAGACAUACUGAGAGACAGAGCGAUGGAGUGAGAAGGAGAGGGAGAAAUAAAAGAGACAGAGACAGAGAGAGAGAGAGGUAGAGAGAUGAAGGGAGGAGGUACUGAGUUACUGAGUGACUGGAAGGAGAGACGAAGCUUAAAUGAGUGGUGGAGAGAACUGCUGGCUUCUAACAGUAAAAGAACGUUUAAGGCAGGACUUUUUUUUUUUUUUGGAUUUUCAGUGUUAUUUGUUCCAUUCCCUCGAGUGGACAACAGGAUUUUGGACUAUUUUUCUUUUGGCUUCCUCUCUGUUUUUUUUGUAUUCUGAUCUCCCAAAACUGGAAAACAAAUGAUGGAGGAUUCACCUCGUGCAGUCGCAAGUGUUCACCAGCAGAGGGCUCUCAGUGUUCCCAUCAUUUGCCCCCCCAUCAUCAAGUCCGUUCUCACAGGCCUCUCUGCACUCAACUGAACACUUAGCGCUUAGUGUUGCCAUCCGUUAGCCAUUUUAGAGAAUAAGCUUUUUACCACAGCCUGUCCACAUCAAGACGACAGACGAAGUAUGUGCCCUGACUGCAGCCACUAACGACAGUCAGCAAAAGUGCUAGGUUCUUUCGAGCAAUAUCUCACUUUGAAGGAAUCAAGGUCCUUGUUGGGCACCGAUGAUUUGCUAAUGAAGGUGAAUGUCCAGUGUUUGUUUGGUCAUCGUGUUUCACUCUCUUUUUUUCAGACACCCCCGUUAAAAAAUCCAAGUAACGUCAAGUAGAACUAAAUCAAAGGCAUUCAUAUCAUGCAUAUCUGUCAUCAGUGUGUGUCUUUGCCAAUAUCAGUGAACAUAUGAAGGUCUCUGUGUGUGUGUGUGUGUGUGUGUAUGUAUGUGUGUGUGUCUUUCCAUUGUGUAUGAGUUUAGAAAGCCUGAGAGUGUAGAAGUGCAGAGGCGUUUUUUUUAUUAAGCUAGUUUUAAAUUAUUUAUUCUCUUGUCACAUGCUUUCCUGCUGCCUUCGUAUACCCAUUGUGCAUGCUGAAUCCUGCGCGGAGAGAGAGAGGGAGAUCUUCAAGGUGCACUACAUGAACAUCGGUUCACUAAUGAGGUGCUGAAUGUGGUCGAAGUAUAAUUGAGGAAAUGGCCAAUGUCCGCAGGUGUUUUUCUAUGGGAUAAACACCAUAGAGAAACCCUCCCCACCCCUGUUUCACAUAUCUUGAGCACAGCUGUUAAUGUAGAUCUCUUCUACCAAGACCUUCUCCCACUCUUUUUUUUUUUUUUUUUUAUAAACGAUGGCAUCAUGGUGUGUUAAGUAUUUCACAAUUCUGCGUGAGAAGUGCCAAACCAUGACAUGCUGCUGAAGAGGUACUUAAGGCGAAGGAACGCAUACCUUCAAAGUGUGAGCUAUCAUUUCAGUUUUCUUUUCUUGUUAGAAAAGAGUCAUGUAGAACCUUUUUUUUAUGCACAUAUCACUUUUGAGUUGCAUCGCUCUCUGAAUGCACAGAAGGCCAUGAGCUAAUUCACUCCCUCUCUCUUUGUCUUUCUUUCUUUCUUUCUCUCUCAGAAGGCCAUGAGCUAAUUCACUCUUUUUCCUCUUUCUUUCUUUCUUGCUUUCUUUCUUUCUUUCUCUUUCUCUUUCUUUCUCCCUCUCAGAAGUCUAUGAGCUAAUUCACUCUUUCUUUCUCUCUUCCUUUCUUUCUCUAUCCUACUUGUAAACACUCGCAGCGGAAUGCGCGCACACUGACAAGUGUGACGACGCUCACUUUUAGUCACAUUUCACUCACACGCACUCCUGUUUUUCCCCAUCGCUUUGCUGCUGAGUGUAUGGAGCAUAGCUCAGAUCAGAUGUGCGGAGGUGGAACUUGGGUGUCAUUCUUACACACACACACACACACAUACACACACUCACACACACCAAACAUAUCUAAUACAUUAUUUCAGUCAACACAUACUAAAAGGGUGUCCGGUGUUACCUCCUUUUACUUACUUCUCUGCCGUUUUCCUUUUGCUGUGAACAGAAUGUGAAAAGUCUUUUGUCUGUCUGCCCAGUUGUUUUAAUAUCCCAAAUCCUGUUGUCCACCUGAAGCCUCUUUCAGUCCUUCUGCCUUGCUAUCUAAAGCAUGUACAACAAUCCACUUUAAACGCCAACCAUAGGAAAUACAACAUACCAAGAUAACAAGGUACAAUCAGUGAAAAAUUGACUGGAGAAAUUGAAUGGGAGCUCCUUUACUGGAGAUGGAUGUUACGAAUAAAGAGGAAAAAAGGUUUGGAGGGGGACAAAGUUCUUAAGAAAAAAAAGCAGUUGCUUGUGUUAACUGUGAACGAUUAAAAAAAGAAAAGAAAAAAAAAUGAAAUAAAAAAAUUGUCUUCAAUGUUUUGCACUACA